AUGCUGCACCAACAACUGCAGCACCAACAACUGUUCCGCCAACAACUGCUGGACCAACAACUACUGCCCCAACAACUGCUGCACCAACAACUGCUGCACCAUCAACUGAAGCCCCAUCAACUCCCAAACAACUACUGCAUCAACAACUGCUGCACCUACAACUGCAACACCAACAACUGCGGCACCAACAACUGCUGCAGCUACAACUGUUGCACCAUCAACAGUGGCAACAACAACUGCUGCAGCUACAACUGCUGCACCAUCAACAGCGGCAACAACAACUGUGGCACUAACUACCACAGCCCAAACAACUGCUGCAUCAACAACUGCUGCACCUACAACUGCAACACCAACAACUGCGGCACCAACAACUGCUGCAGCUACAAUUGUUGCACCAUCAACAGCGGCAACAACAACUGCUGCAGCUACAACUGCUGCACCAUCAACAGCGGCAACAACAACUGCUGCAGCUACAACUGCUGCACCAUCAUCAUUGGCAACAACAACUGCGGCCCAAACAACUGCUGCUGGUCUAAAUGA